GAAGGCCCACCUUGCCCCGUUCCUGCCGAGCCACCCGGUGGUUGCCAUGCAGUCGGUCAACACCAGCAGUUCCCUGGGCACUAUCAGCGCUGCCCCCUGGGGCUCCAGUGCCAUCCUGCCAAUCUCCUGGGCUUACAUUAAGAUGAUGGGAGCCAAGGGACUGCUUCAUGCUACAGAGGUGGCCAUCCUCAAUGCCAACUACAUGGCCAAGAGGCUGGAAGGUCACUACAAAGUCCUCUACAGAGGCAGGAAAGGAUUUGUAGCCCAUGAGUUCAUCCUGGAUGUGAGGCCAUUCAAGAAGACAGCCAAUAUUGAGGCUGUCGAUGUGGCCAAGAGGCUGCAGGAUUAUGGUUUCCAUGCGCCCACCAUGUCAUGGCCAGUGGCUGGUACACUCAUGAUUGAGCCCACAGAGUCAGAGGACAAAGCUGAGAUGGACCGGUUCUGCGAUGCCCUGCUUGCUAUCCGACAGGAGAUUGCAGACAUUGAGGAGGGAAGGAUGGACUCCCGCAUCAACCCACUCAAGAUGGCACCUCACUCUCUGGCCUGCAUCUCAUCCUCUAACUGGGACAGACCUUACUCCAGGGAGUUUGCUGCUUUCCCCUUGCCCUUCAUAAGACCCGAGACCAAAUUCUGGCCGACCAUCUCCAGGAUUGACGACAUCUACGGCGACCAGCACCUCGUGUGCACCUGCCCACCUAUGGAGGUGUACGAGUCUCCAUACGAGGAGAAACGAGCAUCCUCAUAGAUGGUCCCCCUCAUCUGGUCCAGUCCCAAUGUCCCACCUAAGCUCUAAGCACUCAAAACUCAGACUUGAAACGUUUGUGUGCUCAGUGAAAAUGUGAGGGAGGGGAGGGGAGGGGGCUAAAAACACUACUUUGUGAAAUCGCAUUAGCUGGGGCAGAAGUUUUUCUGCUGUGUGUGACACUCUCACUCUAGUAGUUUAAUAAAUUUGUGAGCAACAUUUGCUGAAUUUUUCAUAAAAUAAUAGCCUCUAUAUUAUUGUUUGAUCAAAUUAGGUAAAAACAAAAAUGCAGAAGUAAUGCUGUCAGGCUCACAUUAAACUAGGCAGUCUUGGCUGCUAUCAUUUUCUUCCACCUGUCUAUUUUUUUUUUUGUUGUAAGACUUUCUCUGGCAAACCUUGUUUUUAACAUUAGUGUCCUGUAAACUGUUAAUCCCCUUAAAAGGAGCCUGCAGCAGUGCAAAAAGUCUGUAAGAAAGCCUUCAAGCACUUUCCGAUUUCACAAUUAACAGCCCUGAGCCUUUAGCCUACUUAUUACAAAUGGGUGUCAAAAGUCUAUGAGUUGGAUGUUGGGACUGGGCUUCUGUCUGAUUGCACCCUCUUCACUGGGGUCAUGGGGUUUACCCUUCUCGAACUUUAAUGGACCAAAGGUGCAACUUCUAAGCGCUCUGUAACACACCUGUGAAAUUCUGUACUUUGAGCUGAGUACAGUUCAUUUUUUGACUCCCAGCAUCAUAUAAAAAAUGCCCUUGGUGCCUCUAUUCUGUUGUGUAAAAUAGCUGCCUUUACUUUCCCUAUUUUUUUUUUUUCCAAACAUGACAAAAUAUAGGAGUUAGUUUCCUUGUAGGCUUUUGUUAAUAUGCAUCUAUAGUAUGAAAAUGUUUUAAAGUAUGUUGUGACAUUUGUU